UCGAGAAAAGAAUACCUUUCAUUAUUGGCCAAUUCGGAAGCCCUAACACGCAACACUGAAAAAUCAACUUGCUGAUUCACGUGUGUCGUGCUCGAGUACUAGUAGUAACACCUAUAUAACAUCGUUUUGGAUUGUGCUAGUAAUAAUAAUAUUUUAAUAAUAGAAUUUAUACAAUUUAAUAAUAUAUUGGAAGAAAAUGGGACAAAAUCAAGGAAGUGAAGCCUAUGAGGAUGGUUCAUCAUCGUCGACAGGAUUUACUUUUAAUAGGGACUAUCUGGAUGAAGAAAGAGGAGCUAGUAAAGGCAUUGCCAUCAACAAGCAUAAUAAUUAUGGAAGUGAAUCUGGCUCUCUAACAAAUGAUACUCCAAUACGUACCUAUCACUACACUGGCAGUACACGUGAGAUGAGAGAGUAUUUGCCUUCAAAAGUAGUAACACCUGGUUCUCCUGUUAAAAAAGAAAGAAUUUCUUCUAAUUUACAUGAAACCAGCUCCGAAGUUUGGAAAAAGAGUUAUCUCUACAAAUUAUGCGAACAAUUAUCACCUAGUUUAGUAGUAUGCAUUGAACAUUGGGUGAAAGAAGACUCGGACACACUGACCGGAUUAUGUAUCAGGUAUAAUAUUGAUGAAAAGGUAGAAUUAGCAACUAUUAAUUCUACAGGAGUGGAUGAUGAAAGUCUUUCUCACGCUCCUAGUAUGUUCAUACCAGUUCAUGAAUAUAACAUUCAAAUAUUGAAAUCCAUGUCAAAAUCCUCCCAAAACUCACCAACAACAUCAACCCCUAAAAAGAAGUCUAAAAAACCUUCGGAAGAAUUUGUAAAUAAUUUCAUGUCUCCAGAACUUUUGGCUAGUAUGAUAUUCAGCGAUGGACAUGCAUCUUUUUCAGCAACACAUUUAUAUUUGCAUGAUUACUAUUUUACUUCACACCAACCUGAUUUGACAGCAAUCAAGCAUUGUGCUGAAAAUUGUCAAUUUUAUAGAACUAUUGAUUUCAAACAUAUUUCCCUAGUUACUAAAAUAUCUUCAGUCAAAUCUAUUGCUUCACUCGCUUCAGGAAAUAACGUGUGUAUUUCUAAAGAAGUAUUCAAUUUUGUAUCCUCCCCACACAAACACGAGUCACAAUUUGAUAAUUUAUUCAUGGUCCAUUUCAAAGAACCAAAGGAAAUAGAGAAUACUAUGAUCUCAGAAAAUCCAGAAAGAAUUGGUGUCAUGAAAAGCACCAAGCUAGAGGGUAAUUUACUUCGCCACACAUUAUCACGUCAAAUGCCAAUUUUGUUCCUCAUUAACUCGGAGAAAGUUAGUGAAUUUUUGGAAACUUUACAGGACUAUGUAGCUGUCAACGAUGAGCAAUUAUAA